CCGCAAGCUUAGCUGAGGGUGUUCCCCUGCCGACACGAUGAUGCUCUUGUUCCUACUACUCCCUGCCUUCUUUCACGAGGGAGGCGGCUUUCCACCAAAUCUUCCCCGUUCGGCAGAUCUCGCGCGGCACCCCUCUCCUCUGCGGUCUUCGCGGCAUCUUCCACCGCGUUUCCGCCUCCCAAGGCGCUCUUCAACGCGCCGCAGCGGCAUGAGUGAGCAGAUGGCGCGGAAGCAAGAGGCCUUGAAUGCCACAGCUGAGAGGGAGGCUGAGCAGCAGUUGUGGGACAGGGAGAAGCUGACUGAGAAGAUCAAGGAGGCAGGCGUGGCCGGAGUGAUCUCGUAUGGCGCUACAGAGGUACCGAAAAUACAGUGCGUAACGGCCGCCGGACUGCACUGCACUGCAGUGUGGUGUGUAUGUCAGGUUGCGUUUUGGUUGACAUCAUUGCCCCUGGCGAUAGCCGCUUUCUUGGCGACAUUCGGGGCGAUACCCGACAUGGCAAAUGGGGAGGACGCAGCCAAGGUCGCUGUGUACAGUGCCGGCUUCCUCAGUAUCGCCCGUGCUCUUGUCCCCUUGCGUAUCGCCGCUGCCCUCGCCUUGACGCCACUGGUCGGGAAAUACAUCAAAGCAGCACAAACCGAGAAAGGCGCAGACGACUCUCGUGCAGUGGCGGCUGAUGACAUCCGCAGCCAGCCACUGCACUCCAGCGCGCUUCUCUCGUCCUCUGUGGCUACCGAUAUUGCUACUGCAAGCCUCCCCGAUCGAGUGGCCGAGCCUGUUGUGAAUCACGCGUCGGAGGAACAGUCGGGACCGCGCCAACAGACUGCAGAAGGCGGCUCCGCAACACGGAUGGAAGGCCGUGCUUGCCCUUGGCUGCCGAGUGCUCGUGCAAGGACGCACUCAGUGACCUUCCCGCUGCCUGAGGGAGGUGACAUCUACACCUAUGAUGCUGUGGUGUUGGGGGGCGACAUGGCCAACGAGAGAAAGAGGCCGCCUGUCGUUGUGAUACCGCCCGUCGGUGUCGGCAUCUCUAUGGAGGUGUGGAAGAGGAUGGCGAAACACUACCUCUCCCAGGUACGUCAACCGAUGCAUCAUUGCAUCAUGCGUGUGUGAUGCUCACCUCUGUAUGUGGGUGUGCAGGGUUGGGAUGCAGAAGCCCCGAUGCACUUGAUCGACUUGCUGGGCACUGGUACCUGUGAGCCCAAGACAGGACCAUCGGCUGGCGGCGAACCCUUCACGACAGCCCUCUACGCCGCCCAGCUGCAGCACUACAUCGAGACCCACGUGAGGGAGCCUGUCGUGCUGGUUGCGCAGGGUGCGUCGGCGACUGUGGCGAUGGCAUUGCUCGAGAGGUCACCACAGCUGCUGAGAGGCCUCAUCCUCACGUCAUCGCCAGGACGCAGGAGAGCCCUCCGGGUGGGCACACAUCCACGCAAAAGAGUGGGCGGCAGGGAGCGUGAUGCGUUUUGACGCGUGUGUUCGGAUGCAGUCACUGCAGAGCGGUCCGGGGGUGUUUUCACGGCUGGCCUGGCGAGCGUCUGAGACGCGGGCAGGCCGGGCCUUCUACAGGUGGAUGGGAUACGAAGACACCGAUGCUGGUUCGUGACACCGCUGCUGGUUCGUGUGUGAUGUGCAGGUGGGCCAGCCGGCCGUCGUUCAUCCGGUACUUCAGUGAGGCGGUGCUGCUCUCCGACGAGACGCAGACGCGCGACGGCAGCGAAUGGAUGGACACGCUCACCAAAGACACGCAGAAGAACGACAUCAGGUACCCGCAACCCACCGCACACAGCGAGGAGUGAGCUGACACACGUCUCUCUCUCUCUCUCUCUCUCUCUCCCCCUGUGUGUGUGUGUGUGUGUGUGUGGUGCAGUGCUGCUGUGUUGUCGUUCCUCACCGGCCACAUCAUGGGCGACUACCGUGACGCGAUGCGGAAGGCCUCCAUCCCUGUGCUACUCGUCAUGGGCAAGGCACCCAGCAUCAAGGACCAACGAUCCAGAAAGGUGCGAACUAUGCUGCGAACCCCAUCCAACCAAGUGCGUGGCUUCCGUCUCAUCUCAAUGUCAUCAGGGUCGCGCGGAGGACGAUAGGGCAGCACGCAACGACAGGCUGGUGGACACGUGAGCUCUAACUCUAAUACACGCACAAACUGACAGUCGGUUGCUCUACUUAUCAUAAUCAGGUUCCGCGGUUUCUUCGCUAGCACGGGUGUGGAGUGCAUCACUCUGAGCGGCUGCAGCCCAUUCUGGGAGAGUGGGUGGCAGGUUGCCCAAGAGAUACACGACUUCAUGACACGACAUUUCGACACUGGGGGCGCGGCGCCUAACUCAGUGCCGUCGAGGGAGCUGACAGAGUGCUUCACGGGCACGCACUCGAGUGAGGGGUGAGGCUGGGUGGAUGGGUGAGGUGCUAUUGGAGGGAGGAGAUGAGCUGAUUCGCUCAGAGACUGGCGGGUACAUUUUUGUCAGAUGCUGAUGGGGCCGUGUGGGGGGCAUUUUUGUUAUUGUGGGUUCGAACGAUGGGUGUCUCAUGCAGUGGGUGAGGUCGUUAGUUUUCUUGUGGUGUUCUCCAUUUGUUGGAUGAAGGCCCCCCUUCCGUGGUUUUGGGAUGGAUGGACAGUUCUCUGAGUAGUUGGCUGACUGACCAUGUGCCUGCAUGGAUGUGUGUCCAUUACCCGUGAACGAAUUCUCGACACAUAAGGCCGCACUUUUGUAUUGAAUCCACCCAGGUCGCUCUCUCUAUCCCUUAGACAGACAGAGACACACCUCAAUCGUGUUAUGGGCGUAUUAUUGAUGGACAUCUGAGCUGAGACAUAUCGAUGGAUCCGCGCAUCGGCAAAUGAGUUCAUGAGAGCGAUUAAAGAAUGAG